CCCUCCAGGAUCCCGUCUUCUACUUCCACUCCAUCACCGCCAACAUCAUCUGCUCCAUUGUCUUCGGAAAACGCUUUGACUACAGAGAUCCUCAGUUCCUGAGGCUGCUGGAGUUGUUAUUCAAAUCUUUCGUGCUCAUCAGCUCCUUGUCCAGCCAGCUGUUCGAGCUCUACUCCAGCUUCUUGAAGCACUUUCCUGGCUCACACAGGCAAAUCUACAAAAACCUGCAGGAAGUCAACGGCUUCAUUGACCGCAGUGUGGAGAAGCACCGUGAGACCCUCGACCCCAGUGCCCCCCGGGAUUUCAUUGACUGCUACCUGCUCCGCAUGGAAAAAGACAAGUCCGACCCCCGCAGCCAGUUCGAUCAUCGGAACCUCAUCAUGUCUUCUCUGUCGCUGUUCUUUGCCGGCACGGAGACGACCAGCACCACGCUUCGCUAUGGGUUCCUGCUCAUGCUCAAAUACCCACACAUUGCAGAGAGAGUCCACAAGGAGAUUGACCAGGUGAUUGGCUCAGAUCGCCCUCCAGCCCUGGAUGACAGAGCCCAAAUGCCAUACACAGACGCAGUCAUCCAUGAGAUUCAGAGAUUUGCGGACCUUAUCCCCAUUGGUGUGCCCCACAUGGUCAUUAAAGACACUCAUUUCCGAGGGUACAUCCUUCCCAAGGGCACAGAAGUCUAUCCCAUCCUGAGCUCUGCUCUCCACGACUCGCGUUACUUUGAGAAACCAGAUGACUUCAACCCUGCCCACUUUCUGGAUGCCAGUGGGGCAGUGAAGAAAAAUGAUGCUUUUAUGCCCUUCUCCAUAGGGAAGCGUAUCUGUCUUGGUGAAGGCAUCGCCCGCACCGAAUUAUUCCUCUUCUUCACCACCAUCCUCCAGAACUUCUCCGUGGCCAGCCCCGUGGCCCCUGAGGACAUCGACCUUACUCCCCAGGAGAGUGGGGUGGGCAACGUGCCCCCAAAAUACCAGAUCCAGUUCCUGCCCCGUCAAAGGGGCUGAGGGAAGGCAAUCAUGGAUGCCAGGGUCAUAUGUGUCCCCACCUCUGCAGAGAAUGGCUCCUGAACUCUCUCUCUGUCUUCCUGCCUCUGGACAGGCUAUGCUGUGAGCUAGCAUUCCUCCCCUCCAUCUAUGCCACCUCCAUGGGAAAGUCCCAUCUGCGUCUCACCUCCUUCCAUCCCUUUGCAGCUCUUCUAAACUCAAGGUGUUUUCCCGUCAACCUAUUAAUAGAAUUCCACAAGUGAUGUAUACAUAUAUAUAUAUAUUUUGGAUAAAUAAAUGAGGCAAAGAAUGAAAACUUGCCUCAGUAUCUCUCGGCAUUUCUGCCUCUGCACCAGAGCUUACCCAAGUGACUAUUCCCCUCUUGAGAAUAACCACAGCCUCCCUUUCUCCACAUCUUGGGCUCCAUGAUCUGUGCAUCCAUGAGCUCACUUGAGUCCUUCCAGUAGCCCCUAUGCAGUGAGUACAAUGAUCAUGUCCAUUGUACAGAUGAGUAAACAGAGGCCAUGCAAUGGCCAGCAUGGUCUGAGGUGACCUGGCUAGUGAGUGGAGAAGCGAGAUUCACACUCUGGGUCCCUGGCUCUUGAACCUAAACUCUUCACACAGCUCCUUUCUGUCCCCGAGAUAGAGUUUAAAAUGAAGAUGAAGUUUCAUGUCUUGGAACUAACCAAUCUCAAGUGUAUAACGAGGUGGCACUUGGUUCAUUCACCAUCAUCUAGUUUCAAACAUUUUCCUCACCCAGAGGAAAACCUGGUACCCCCUUAGUAGUCAUUCCCCAUUUUCCCUUGUGCUCAACCCCUGGCAAAACCAAAUGCUUGCUGUCUCCAUGAACUUGCUAUUCUGCACAUUUCAUAUAAACGGAUCAUACAAUGUG